AUGAAAAUCAUAUCUGUAUUAGAAGAUUUCGGAGAGAACGAAAAUACGAUUAUCACUUUGGUGCCUCAAACUAAGGAUGAUCUUUUCACAAUAUAUCAAAUAAUUGACAAAGAAGACGAAGUUAUCUUUAAGAAAUUGUUCACGACAAAAAAGGAUGAAGUAAAUAGAAAAACAAGUACUGAUUUAGUAAAUCUGAGGCUGAAAAUCCUCUCUUAUGAAUUUGAUAUAAAGGAGGAAUACCUGCGUUAUAAGGGUGUCACUGUCGCUGAUGAUACGAAUACCGCGAAUUUGGAUGUCCCAGUUGGUAAAUUUCUUAGUUUUAGUGUAACGUAUGAACACCAGUUUACUAUUUUCAAGCACCAUUUCAAUAAGUAUGCCAAGAGACUUUUAAAGGAAGCUCUCGAGUUAGAAACCAAAUCAGAUACCGCGGCAGUGGUACUGCAAGAAGGAAUUUCUCAUGUUUGCUUAUUAACAGCUUCUUCAACUAUCUUAAAGCAAAAGACUGAAAUUUCAAUGCCCAAAAAAAAGGAUGCGACUGAUAUUAACAAAUUCAAUGAAAAGACUGAAAAGUUCUAUAGAGCAACUUAUGAUGCAAUGAUGAAGAAUUUCAACUUUGAUGAAUUAAGGAUGAUUAUACUGUGCUCCCCAGGAUUCUAUGCAAAGGCUUUAAUGGAAAAAAUCUUGAAGUACGCAGAGAAAGAACAAAACAAUUCAAUUUUAGAGAACCAAGAGAUGUUUAUUAUCGCCCAUUGUUCCACUGGUUAUUUACAGGGAAUUACCGAAGUUUUAAGAGAUCCUGAAUAUUCUACCGUACUGCAAAAUACCAAACUCAUUAAAGAAAUUCAAAUAAUGGAUGAUUUCUUUGAACAUUUAAAUAAAGACGAUAACAAAGCGUGGUACGGUAAAGAGGAAAUCAAGAGAGCCGCAAAAUUAGAAGCAGUAGAAACAUUACUUAUUACCGAUACCGUACUAAAAAGUGACGACAUUGAUGAGCGUGAGACAUUCUUGGACUUGACAUACAAUAUUGAACAGAGCGGCGGAAGAGUAUUUGUAUUCAGUACUCUACAAAGUCAUGGUGAAGAACUUGGGAGGUUAAAAGGGUUGGCUUGUAUUUUAAAAUAUCCAAUUCCAGACCUAGACGAGAUUCUUGAAAAUAAAUAA